GACAGAGAGAGAAAGAGAGGAGAGAGACAUAUACACACAUAUAUAGAUACAUCUGUCAGCCCAUCAAUCCUCAGAGCUAAAAGAGCGUGGGAGAUCACAAGCAUAAAAUACCACAAACCCCACGAAACUACCAAAGAGGGUCCCCUUUCUAUGAAUUGUCAAAUCCCAAAGUAACUGAAUAAUACCCACUCUUUUCCCAAUCCUUUCCACCGUUUGCUGCUCCUCUUGAUUCUUCUCUUUCUCCCAUACAGAGAGAGACUGAUAAUGGUCCUGAAUUUCAAGUGGUUGUAAUACGUUUUGAGGGCGAAGGGCUAUGGAGGAUGACGUAUUUUCCGGCCUUGCCAAUAGCCAGCAUAUCGAGAGCAAGGUUGUUCAGACGUUCCAGAAAAGUUUUGUGCAGGUGCAAAACAUUCUGGACCAGAACAGGGUUUUGAUCAGUGAGAUCAACCAGAAUCACGAGUCGAAGAUCCCAGAUAAUCUGUCGAGGAACGUUGGGCUGAUUCGGGAGCUCAACAACAAUAUUAGGAGGGUAGUUGAUCUGUACACUGAUCUGUCCAACUCCUUCGCCAAAUCCAUGGAGGCGUCCUCGGAGGGCGAGACAAAAUCUGACGGAAGAGGUGGACAUAAGAGAGUAAGAUCUGGUAAUUGAGGUGAUACAAUCUGAUUAGUGUAACUUGAUUUGAAUCUUUAGCUAGAAUGAGCAUUUUUCUUGAGAUAAAAGGACUGGAUACAUAGAGCUAUCUGUCAUGGUAGUUUGGUGUAAAUCUUGAAACUGUAAUAUCAUCAUGAUUCAUGGACAUUAACUGGUUAUACACUUUCAAAGGAGCAAAUCUUUCACAAUC